AUGGCCAGUCCUGUGGAGGCAUCUCCAGGCUGUGCCAGUGGGUUGGGUCCCCAUCGGAGGAAGAGGACCACUUUUAGUGUUGGGCAGUUGCUGGAGCUGGAACGGGUAUUUGCAGCUAGGCCCUAUCCUGACAUCAGCACCCGUGAGCACCUGGCUCAGAUAACUCACCUGCCAGAAGCCAAGAUCCAGGUGUGGUUCCAGAACCGUCGAGCCAAGAGAAUCAAGGACAGAAAGCCAGGAGCCCUAAAUGCCAGGCUGGAGCUUCCCCCAAACUGUUCUCUUCCAGACACUCCCCAGCUAUCUUGGGACCCUGGAACACCAAGCCAUCCUCUACACUCUACCAGUUCAGCUCAGCAGACUUCGGCAUGCCCACCACAGACCUCCUGCCUAGCCCCCAUUUUGGGUCCAGGGCAGAGUUGGUCAGGGGCUAAAGCUGCAGCCCCAUGUGGGACAAGUGGGGUGUCAGGAGUUCACUCUUUAGAGCAAAUUGUUCCUCAGACUUCACUGGGCAACCUGUCUGACCUUAUCUAUACCUCAGCCAUCGUCACCAAUGUAGACCACUCCUAA